GGCACCGCCCUCAGGGCGCCCGCGCGCGGACAUGGCGGCGCCCGCCUACCCCGCCUGGGUGACGCGCUGGGCGUCGGGGCAGUGGCGGAACAAGAAGCGGCCCCCGACGCUCCGCCCGCCCCGGGCACUGGCGCUGGCCGACAAGGUGGCGAACCGCCGGGAGCAGUCGACAGAGGCAACGUGCAUUACGGAGAUGUCAGUAAUGAUGGCGUGCUGGAAACAGAAUGACUUCAACGACGCGCCUUGUGCCGAGGAGAUCAGGACGUUCUAUGACUGCGUGGCCAAGGCAGAAAAAGAGCGCAGGAAUCAAAGUGAGGACACCCUGUCAUCCAGGGGAAAUUUGCCUUCAAGCAAAGUGAACAAGCUCCUGAAGAGGUUUCCUCAGAUCACACGUUAUGUAUAAUGUACUUUAUGAAAGAGACUGUGGACAAGCAAUUAAAGUUGGGGUCUUGGUAAAAAAAAAAGGAAAGUCAAAUCGAGUGAUUUUUUGAUGUCAGGUGAUGCGUGGGUCUUGACCCUGGUUUUGAUUCCAGAGCAAAAACCACCCAUCUUGAGUAUCAGCUGAUUUUGUUCAUGAGACUCUUGGGUCUUGCAGUGUUGGGAUUUCUGCAGUGUGUUGUUCAGCUUGCCUACUCAGGUACUCACUGUUAAAUAAAACCUUCUAGGCAGUCAUGUAAAUGCAUUUCCUAACAGGGCAUGACUUCUUCAUGUGCAAGCCUCUUGCCCAGCUCUGGAGCUGCUAUCAAAAAGUGGGCUCAAACACUGAGCCAAGUUAGAAUUAGUAAUGAUGGUAGUAAUUGAU